AUGUCUGCCAAAAGUUCGUUUUCUAUCGAUUCAAUUUUGGAAAAUGCUUGCGGCAGCUCGACCAGCAUCGGUGACGGUCAAAAAAACGACAAACCGCCGUAUAGUUACAACGCCCUUAUCGUGAUGGCGAUCAGAAACAGUGCUGAGAAGAAGGUUACUCUAAACGGAAUCUACGAGUACAUCAUUAAAAAUUUCCCGUACUACCGCGAAAACAAACAGGGAUGGCAAAACUCGAUCAGGCACAACCUGAGUUUGAGUAAAUAUUUCGUCAAAGUACCACGCCCGUUUGACGACCCGGGCAAAGGCAGUUAUUGGAUGCUAGACGCCUCUGCCGAUGACGUAUUUAUAGGUGGAACUACCGGAAAACUCCGCAGGAGAAUAAACGAAUUACCUCGAAUGCCUCCGAUGAACAUGUCUCAGAUACCCGUGCAGUUUCCAAGAUGUUACGCAGGCUCUAUGUAUCCAGGGUAUGUUCAGCGUCAUAUGAUGAGCGUACCUCAUCAGAAUUACGCCCAUUGCAUACCGCCAUAUUAUCCACGUAUCGUUAACUAUAGUGUUCAUCAGCAGAUGCAUCACCAAAAAGUCAUGAGCAAUUAUUAUCCGAACAUGUAA